AUUUUGUACUUCAAUAGUAAAAUUAUAAAAAUAUAAAAAUACACAUAAUAGUGUUAGAAUAACAAAAAAACUAGUAAAAUAUGAAUCGGUCACGUCGCCCACCUCAAAAGAGGAACUUUGUGUCUGGCGGAAUAUAUUGGCAAAGGUUGGUAACUGUUUAGUGCCCUGUACAAUAGAUUUGUUUGCAAUAAUUUUUAAAACGACUCUAAUCCGAUUGCAGACUUGUCAUAACCGCAAUCGUUUGCACAAUUUUAGCUAUCAAUUUGAUAAAUUGAAUGCAUUAAUUGCGUGUACGGUGCGUAGGAAAAAGCUAUGACAAGCAGACAUUCUUGUAAUGGUAGACAUUCGGGAUUAUUGCGUUUUACAAGCUGUUGGAAAUGAGUCUAUUUGAUUUCUUAAAUAUUAGUUUUGUAUAUCAUAGUUAUGUACAUUUACUUCGCUGUAAACUCAAACGAAUAUACCAUAGGGCGUAGAUUAAAGUAAACACUACAACUAAGAAUAUUUGUAUUUGACAUACUCUUUAUAGUGACAAUUUGUCCUAUAGAUGCAUUGAAAAUUCGAUUUUUCGUUGUAGUUACAUAUGCAAAUUACACAUUUGAUUUAGAAUUAAUCAAGCCUCCAUUCGGUGUGUACACAUUUUACAUUUUUAUAGUCACAAAUGUCAAAAAAAAGUACAUAGUACUAAGUCUUGUUAUCAGAUAAAAUGUGUAGGCAUUCGUUAGGGUUAUGAUUUUUUCUUAAAAACAAAUGUGCGUACAGAUAAAUAAUAAGCAUAUGUGAAAAUACAUCUGUAUAUGCAUAUGUAUGUAGGUUCAAUCAUGUAUCGCAUACAAUGAUUGAGUGCAAUGGUAUCAAUUCCGAUUGAUCUUUUACAUUCGUUUAUUGUGUGAACUACACCCAGCAGUUGUUAACGCAUUGAGUAUUUUAUGAUCACAUUGUUGACUAAGGUAAUUAAUGCGUUUUAGCUGUUAAAUUGAGUAGGUGCAAUUGUAGUUGAAAAUUUCGUUUGAGCAGUGGUUGUAGGAAUGUCCAUAGCUAUUGCUAAACUAAGGUUUUUGAGUUUGCAAUAUCAAUUGAAUGCGAUGCCAGCAUGAAUCCAUUAACAACGAGCCAAAAACGUGGUUGCUCUGCAAUGGAUUGAUUUAAUCAGCAAUACGAGACACGAAGUGAUCAACCAGAAAUGGAAUGUAAUAAGAAGUGCACGUUAUUGUGGUUUGGUUUGUAAAACGCAUUUGGUAUUUGCAAUAAAUGUAAUCCGCAACAAUCUUAUAUUGAUCAACAAGGAAAUCAAGGCACACAAUAUCAAAGACGCCAAAAUCAAAACUAUGACAAUAAAAAUAUCCGGAAUGAAAAUACGCACCAAGAGCAGCAAGAAAAUAAGGCACAAGAGCAACAGAGAUAUGAGAAUACACAACCGCCGCCAUUAGAGCCACCCCCACAACCACCACAAAUGGAAGAAGAUCCACCAGAAGAAGAAGAUGUCAAAGUGGAAGAUUCUGGUCUAUACGAUGAAAGUGGAAAAUUGCAGUACAAGAAUAUUUUCCGUACGCGCAAGAAGUCUUCCGUUCGUGCCAAGGAGAAGAAAAUACGUCAAAAUCGUCAACUGCGCAAAACACUCAUUCCCAAGAAUGCUUUGAUGGUUCUGAAUGAGGUCGUUGGCUUGACAAUUAGCGAAUUUACUAUUACCACUGCUUCAGGUGGUGGAUUUGUAGCUGUUGUUACGGUUAAUGAUAAACAAUAUGAAGGCAAAGGUCAUUCUAAGAUAGCUGCUAAAAAUAGUGCCAGCGAGAAAGCAUUACGCGAUUAUGUCUUGGAGAAAAUGCGUGAAAAGCCACGAUUGCGUAAGAGCUCAGUUAAUAAUGAUGAGUCUAUGGAAAUGGCCGUUGAUGCUCCCAAUGAAACGGUCAGCGAGAAUGGAGAAGACGGGCAGCAGGAUAAUUCUGGCACAUCAGCGCAAAUCGAUGAUGUACCCAUGGUCAAUUUGGCUUCAUUUGCUAUUUUUAAACUGUUUACUGAAUGGGAGAACGAGGGUUAUGUUGUACCCGAGUUGCGUGUUGCUCAUCCGCCGCAAACAGGUUCUGGCAACGACAGCACCAAUGGAGAUGGAAACCCUCAAUUUAAGCCACCAAAGGCGGCACCAAUUCGCUCUGAAUUGCCAAAUAAUUGGGAAUCAAUUCAUCCUUCUACUCUACUCUGUAUGAUGCGUCCAGGACUGCAGUAUCGCGAAAUUGGUACAGUAGGCGAUCCACCAAAUGUAUUACAGCGCAUGGGCGUUACUGUUGACGAAGUGGACUAUGAAAGCUCUGGUCGUUCUAAGAAAACUGCUCGUCGCAAUGUGGCCGUUUGUGUGCUUAACGAGUUGUUCGGUACCAAUUUCGUCAAGGAGCCACCAUUUGAAGAAUAAAUUAAAUUAAAUUCUUUACUUAUGAUAGUAUUGAACAUAUUUACAGUAGUAGACUUUAAAUCCUAACCAAUUUUCAAACUUCAGUAUAGAAAUUAGAUUUUACUACAGAAUUACUGACUUUUACAAAUAAAACAAGUCAUUUGGAAUAAUGAUGAUCCUUUCUAUUAAA